AUAUGUUGUUGAGGUGUGCCUCCUUUUCAGUCCACUUAUUAUGGCACAUAGAAAUCAUAGGCAGAGUCCACUGUAGCUGCGGAGUAGUUGGCGCUUGUUAUCUGGCCAGGUGGGGCACAUGUCGAUGGCUGUUCGAUCGGGUCGGUUGUGGGCUUGUGAGCAGCGCGGCGCCCUAGCGCUGCUCCUCCUAAUCUUGGCCGGCACGCUGGUGAUCCUGCACAGGGUGAUCCAGUCGCCGCUCCUCAAUCAGUACGGUAUCCUGCAGGAUCACCUGGAGCGCCGGCAGAGCGCCCCGAACACCCGUUCCACACGAUCCAUCCGCACCAUUCUGCUCUGGAGCGAUUUCUUUGGGGACCCGCGUUGGAAGCUCUCCUGGGACACCCUCGGUCCGCAGGAGCUGCGCGACGAGCUCCGGUGUCCGGUAUACCAGUGCAAGCUGAGCAACCAGCACCACAUCCUGCCCGCCGUGGACCUGUACGAUGCCAUCGUCUUUCACGCGGCGGAGAUGUACCCGCUGCUGCGACCCAUUCCCCAGCAGAGGAGUGCCCACCAAAUCUACGUCUUCGCUUUGAUGGAGCCGCCCGGCGAGACCAAGCACCGGCUGGACGACGAGUCCGGCUUCUACAACCUCACCAUGACCUAUCGCCUCGACUCGGACGUGGUCUGGCCCUACGGCCAGCUGCUGGACAUCGAAACGGACGCCCCGGUGGCGCCCAGUGAACGGCCCCACUGGCGCAGGCCACCGGCCUCGUUCAACGACUCGACGAUCUGGGAUCUUUGGGCCGGGAAGACGAAGAUGGUCGCCUGGUUCGUCUCCCACUGCGAGACGCUGUCCAAGCGGGAAAUCCUGGCCGAGAGGCUGCAGGAGUUCGUUGAGGUGGACAUCUACGGGAAGUGCGGAACCCUCAGCUGCGAAAGAGGGAAUCCGCGUUGCGACUCGAUGCUGGACACGGACUACCUGUUCUACCUGGCCUUCGAGAAUUCGCUGUGCGAGGAUUAUGUGACGGAGAAGCUGUUCGAUGCCCUGCACCGGACCAUCAUACCCGUGGUCUUCGGCGGAGCGGACUACGCGCGCUUCCUGCCGCCUCACUCGUACAUCGAUGCCAACCGCUUCGAGACGGUGGCUGAUCUGGCCCGUCACCUGAGCUUAGUGGCCGGCAAUCCGAAGGAGUAUGUCGGGUACUUCUGGUGGCGACGCCACUACCGCCUGGCCUUCACCUCGCCCUUUUGCGACCUCUGCGCCCGACUCCAUGACCCCGGAUUUGGCCACAAGACGCAGGUCUACGGGGACAUACAGUCCUGGUGGUUCAACGGUUGUCGCCUGGAAAGCCACAUUGGUUUGUGAUUUGAAGGGGCAAAGGCUCAAAUAAAGGCUCUUUUCGGGAA